AUGGAGCGAGACUGGGUAGAACUAGUGCGCAUUCCGCUGCCCCCUCCGAAUCCGCACGCGCUGCCAACAAUAGCCACGACAAUUGCUUUCGACGAUGUGUCAGAACUUCUGUGGGCCGGAAAUGAAUAUGGCCGAAUUACGUCCUUCUAUGGCUCUGAACUCCAGAGGUAUACCUCCGUUCGAGCCCAUCCUGUCGCCGAUGGCCCUGUACGACAAAUAUUAUUCCACGAGAGGGGUGUCAUAUCACUUUCGUCGAAGAGUGUACAUAUGAUUACAAGACGCGGUCUCUCACAAUGGCAUGUCACCCACGAUGACUUUGCCGACCUCCGAUGUAUGAGCUUUACAGCUCAGACGAACCGGAUAAUAGUUGCAGGGUGCCAGAAAUCGAUGUUUACAAUUGAUAUCGAUAAAGGGAUAAUCAUCGACAAGCUACGAACGGAUCACCACUAUGUCAUUAUGAAGAAAAGUCGAUACCUGUGUGCUGCGACGGAUUUGGGAUCUGUCGAUGCACUAAGCUUGAAUGACUUCAGUAUUGUGAAAUCUUGGAAGGCGCACGGAGCGGCGAUCAACGACAUGGAUGCUCGAAAUGAUCUUCUGGUUACUUGCGGAUUUUCCGCCAGACAUGUCGGCUCUCCAAUAGUCGAUCCGCUGGCGAACGUGUAUGAUCUGAAAACUCUAUCUCCGUUACCCCCUAUCCCUUUUCACGCCGGAGCAGCAUAUGUGCGCAUGCACCCGAAGCUACAAACAACGGGUUUCGUGGCUUCGCAGAACGGUCACCUUCAGGUCGUUGACUUGAUGAACCCAAAUGCUUUUUUUGUUCGACCGGCGACCGUUACCUUCAUGCUGGGCAUUGAAGUUUCGCCAUCUGGAGAAGCGCUGGCCAUCAAUGAUGCAGAUAGCUCGCUUCAACUCUGGGGUUCUCCGGCAAAGAUCCACUUCAACGAAAUGAGCAAGGAGGUCGAAUUCGCUGAUGUCACUCCACGGCCUCCGCCCCUUGACUGGUCGCCCGAGACGCCAUUAAAUAUGAUUGGAAUGCCGUAUUACCAUGAGCGACUGUUCUCCGCAUGGCCUAGUCAUCUUGUAUUCGAAGUGGGAAGUCCUCCAGCUCCAAUAGAUCCGUCGAUCGUUCCUUACCUUCGUUCUGGAGAGAUUGGGCAAUAUGCCGCAAACCCGAAAAAAACUCGAAGAUAUCAAGUUGAGAACACUCGCGCCUUAGCAACAUCCGAACCCGCCCUUAUUGCGCCGAAGUUUUUGAGCGAAAAGGCAAGAGAGCAAAACAAAGUGAAGCCGGAUGGUCCUAUCAGCGACACCGCCGAUGCCCUCGCUGGAGCAAGGAUUAGCGGAGAACCAGAAGAUGACCCACUCCUCAAGUACAGCAACGUCGAAAUCAAGUAUAGUAGAUUCGGCGUGGACGAUUUCGAUUUCAGGUUCUAUAAUCAAACUACUUUCUCCGGAUUGGAAACCCAUAUCGCCAAUUCCUUUACCAACUCCCUCCUCCAGCUCCUCAAGUUCAUCCCGCUAAUACGUAACGUCGCUCUUCACCACGCUGCGACUUCUUGUAUAGCAGAAAGUUGUCUGCUUUGCGAAAUGGGAUAUCUCUUUGAUAUGCUAGAGAAAGCCAACGGUCAAAACUGCCAGGCUACUAAUCUGCUCAAAACCUUCAGUGGCUUCCGCGAAGCCUCGAAUCUGGGGUUGCUAGAAGAGAACCUCACUAACAAGUCGCUCUCGGCAGCUAUCCAGGCUGUAAACAGAUUUUUCCUUGGACAGAUUGCUCAGGACUAUCGGAAAAUUCUCCCAAACUCAGAUGAUCUCGAUGUCAGACUGACAACCUUAGCCACGGAAUCUAUUCGAUGCAUGUUCUGCCAGAAUGAAAUUGCAAGGCCUGGUAACACUCUUGUUAACGAGCUGGUUUAUCCGUCGGUCGAUAUAAAGCAAGCUCGUAGAAACUCCAAUUACCGGUUCUCUAGCAUUCUGAGAGCUAGUAUUGAACGAGAGGCACAGAACCGUGGGUGGUGCAACUAUUGCCGGCGAUAUCAGCAGGUUGUUAUCAGAAAAGCAGCACAUCGCAUGCCACUCGUCAUGAUGAUCAAUGCAGCAGUGAACAAUCCGAUGUGCCGACGUCUUUGGACUAUUCCGGGCUGGCUUCCAGAGGAGAUUGGAAUCGCCCUGGACAAGGGUCAGAUACAUUGCUUCGAAGGAGAAGAUUUGAGAAUGCGCAUCCAAGGGAAGAUGCCUGGACUGAUAGUAUACGAACUGGUUGGCCUGGUUGCGGAAAUCGACAUACCAGAACAUCAGAAGGCCCACCUAGUCUCAUUUAUCAAUGUGUCCAUUUCCUCUCGUGAGCAGGAGACCAGGAGCAGAUGGCACCUGUUCAAUGAUUUCUUAGUCACAGAGGUGGAUAAAGACGAAGCCCUACUUUUCAAUCAACCUUGGAAAUCGCCAUGCGUAUUGGCAUUCCAAGUGAAAGACGCGCGGCAUGUCGUGGAUGAUUCAUGGAAGAGCUUACUGGACACCACUCUGCUUUUCCGCGAUUGGUCGAUGAAUAAUGGUCGCCCUGUCGAGUCGCGUAUUAUGCUUUCUGAUGAUGAAAAGCCGAGUCCUGGAACUCCGGUUGCCCUCGAUACAGAAUUCGUCGAUCUCGAGAAAGCGGAGAUCAACGUCAAAGCUGACGGGUCCCAGGAAAUCGUGCGGCCAAAUAAGAGUGGACUUGCGAGGGUGUCUGUGCUUCGAGGUUCGGGAGUCCGAGAAGGAGCCCCGUUUAUUGACGAUUACAUCUCUGUCAAAGAGCCGAUUGUUGACUAUGUAACGCAAUACUCGGGUAUCAAACCCGGUGACUUGGAUCCGAGGACCAGUCCACACAACAUCGUCCCACUGAAAGUUGCCUACAAAAAACUGUGGUUGCUUCUUAACCUCGGUUGCAUAUUUGUCGGCCAUGGCUUGGCGUCUGAUUUCCGCAAGAUCAACAUCCAAGUCCCUAAGAAGCAGACAGUGGAUACACAAUACUUGUUCUUCCAUCCUGGCAAGAACCGACGGCUCAGUCUUCGCUAUUUGGCAUGGGCUGUGUUUAAGGAAUACAUCCAAGAAGAGCCAGCGGAAAACAAUGAGGGACAUGACUCUAUAGAGGACGCCCGCAUGGCCCUCCGCCUGUGGAAAAAGUUCCAAGAGUAUGAGGACGCAGGAAUCGUUAAUCAGAUGUUGGAAGAAAUCUUCCGCGAGGGGUCGAAGCUGGGCUUCAGGCCACCGCCUCGCAAUGGCGCAGCCACAGUUCUUUCCAGGCCUGGAACUGCAGUGACCAUGCAGAAUAACAGUGGUCGAAAUACACCUAGCACGCCUGAAGUUGGGGCUGCAGCUGCUUCCGCCGCCAGUGCGCCCGCGACUCCACGACAGGCCUUCCGACGGUCAAUUGCCUUGACGCCGAGUAACGGGACAUUUUCUGGACCUGGAUCAGGAGAGUUUUUUGGUGGCAGUCCACUGAAAUGA